UUUACAUACACGGUGGCCCAACCACUCAGCCCAGCCCCACCUGACUCUGGAAUAAAGGGGAGACAGACCCACUGUGCAGGACUCAGCCACUGAUACCUGGGAAAGAAAAAGGACACCUCUCUGUCAACACAGGUGCUUCACUGAGGUCAAGCGGGUAUAUACCCUGAAAGCUGGAACCACUCAACGAUGGUCCAAGGUGUCCUCUGGAUUCUGCUUGGAUUGCUGCUGUGGCCAGAGUCAGAGACAGCUUCUAUGCCCUUCCUUAUGGACUCUGUCAUCCAGGCCCUGGCUGAGCUUGAGCAGAAGGCACCAGCAACCGACAGUAGCUAUGUCACCUCUGCAAGGCUGCUGUCAGCCCAGAACUCUGGCCCCCACAACCACCUCCAUCACAUCCUGCUUGGAGCACGAAGCCUCAACGCUGACAAGCUGGAUCCCUACACACUAAGCCCAGAGCUUCAAGUCCUGACCAAGGAGGUAGCCCAACAUGCUGUACGGGGUGGACAGGAAUAUGGGGUGGUGCUGGCACCAGAUGGCUCAACUGUGGCUGUGGAGCCCCUGUUGGUGGGGCUGGAGGCAGGGCUGCAGGGACACAGGGUCAUAAACUUGCCCUUGGACAGCACAGAAGCCCCUCAGGAUAUUGAAGCCACUGAUCCAAGUGUUGAACCCAACACUCCAGAUGUAAUGGCCAUCUCCCCAGGACUUGGGGAUUCCUCUCCAGGUGUCACCUCUACAGAUGUUGAAGCCAACCCUCUAGAUGCUAUAACUGGUUUUCUAGAUGUCCCAACAUCCUUGUCAAAUGCCAAAGCCAAGUCUCCAACCACUAUAGACAGCCUCCUAGCAGUCACCAUGGCUGAAAACCUAGGCAUGACCUUCAUCCAAGGUCCCCAGAUCCAGAUCCAUCCAGGUCUGGGGGCUGAGGGUUGCUGGGACCAGCUCUCUGCCCCACGGACCUUUACACUCCUGGACCCCAAGGCAUCAGUGCUUACCAUGGCCUUCCUCAAUGGUGCCCUGGAUGGGGCCCUCCUUGGAUACUACCUGAGCCAGACCCCCGAGCCCCGGCCACCUCUCAGCAGCUUGCUGAGCCAGUACUAUGGAGCUGGGGUGGUUGGACACCCAGGGCUCCGCAGUAACUUCCGACGGCAGAAUGGAGCUGCUCUAACUUCAGCCACCACCCUGGCCCAGCAGGUGUGGAGGGCCCUUGCCAUGCUACAGAAGUUGGGGCCAGUACAUCCCCAACUGCAAGACAUGAGCCAAGAACAGCUGUCUCAGGUGGCCACCUAUGCUACCCAGGAGUUCACUGAGGCCUUCCUAGGAUGCCCAGCCAUCCACCCCCGCUGCCGCUGGGGAGCGGAGCCAUAUCGGGGCAGCCCAACGCCGCUGAAGCUGCCGCUCGGGUUCCUGUAUGUGCAUCACACGUACAUUCCUGCAUCUCCCUGCACAGACUUGGCGCGCUGCGUAGCCAGCAUGCGCUCCAUGCAGCGCUUCCACCAGAACACUCGCGGCUGGGAUGACAUCGGCUACAGCUUCGUGGUGGGCUCCGACGGCUAUGUGUACGAGGGCCGCGGCUGGCACUGGGUAGGCGCACACACGCGCGGCCACAACUCCCGCGGCUUCGGCGUGGCCUUCGUGGGCAACUACACGGCUGCGCUGCCCACCGAGGCCGCGCUGCGCACGGCGCGCGAUCUGCUCCCCAGGUGCGCCGUGCGCGCCGGCCUGCUGCGGCCUGACUACGCGCUGCUGGGCCACCGCCAGCUGGUGCACACCCACUGUCCUGGCGACGCUCUCUUCCGCCUGUUGAGCACCUGGCCGCACUUCUCUGCAACUGUGAAUCCAAGAACUGAAGGAUGAAUCUCAGAGGUCCAGGAGGGAGCCGCCCAUGAUGAUCCUAGAAGCCACACACCUCUAAUAAAGAGACGGUGGAAACAAAGUUUCUGUUCAUGCAUCAUGUGCGUUUGCACACAUUGUCUUAGUUUGGGUUUGUCCAGAAGCAGACCUUGAUACAAGGAUUCUAGUACAGGUAGUUUAUCAAGAAGUGAUCUCAGAAUGUAUCAGCUGGAAAAUGAGGUACCAAGGAAGGGAAGGGAAAGCAGUGAGGAAAUGAUGUGUUACCAAGCAAGUUUUCAUUGUGAGCAACCAUGGCUCAGUUCCAUUGGAGCGCUCUGAGGAAGAACAUAGGACAUAUACUUCAGAGCCAUCUCACUCAAAGGAUGGGAUAGCUGGAGUAUUUAUAUACUAACUCCCAUCAAUUAGUUGAGGGCUACUCUCAAGGACAUGUUAAUUCAUUGGCACUUUGGAGCUGCUUGUUAUGUGGGCAAAUGAUUGCAAAGUUCACCUCCUUGGGAAAGCCCUCCCUGAUUUUUCCUUCUCAAAGAGAAGCACUUCUGCUGAAACUGUACUCCAGUCUGUCCAAGUCCUCCAAGUCCUCUUCACCAGGUAGAAAUGUCCCAUGCUUGAGUUUAGGAUCUCUUUUCCUCUGUAUGUGAGCUCUAGGGAGAGGCAUCCAGCCCCGAGCACCUAGUAGGAACUCUGGAAAUACUUGUUUACUAGACAAAGCCUCACAUUGUGAACUUUAGGAAACUGAUAUUAUCAUCUUAUACAUGGAAACAUGGAAACCAAGGCUCAGAGAGAAGUGACAUGUGAGGUCAUACAGUGAAAACGGGCCAACUGGUACUCAAACCCAAUCUGUCUUCUUCUGGCUUCUGGGACAGAAUUAUGCUGAAUCAUUUAUUCCUCAGAACAGCAUUUACCUGUCUAUCUAUCUAUCCAUCUAUCUGUCUUCUUUUGAGAGACAAGGUCUCUGUCUGUGUGUGCAAUCCUGGAAUGCAGCAGCACUAUCACAGCUCACUGCAGCCUUGAACUCGACAAGUGAUCCUCCCACCUGAGCCACUCAAAUAGCUGGGACUAUGGGCUCAAAACCCUGUGUAUGACUUCCACCCCAUUUUUCAAGAUUUAUUGCAGCAUAACAGAAAAACAAGGAAAAUCCACCAAAAUGUACACUUUGAUGGCUUCUUACAACAGAAUACACCCAUGAAACCAGUACCCAGCUCAAGAAAUAGAAUGUAUUCAGUAUAUAUUAUGUAAAUUUCACUUCAGUAAAAAUAUUAUUAUUAAAUAAUAAACAUGGCCAGCUCCCAGUAACUAGCACCUCUAAAGGAAACCAAUAUCCUGACUUGUUAAGCAUAGUUUUACCUGCUGUGAAACUUUCUAUAAAUGGAAUCACACAGUG